AUGUCACUCAACACUCGAUUGCUUCUAGGACAUGUCUGGAGCAUUGUUAUAUCUGCUUGCAUGAAAAUGGAGAAGUUUGGUGACUUGAUCUUAUGUGUUACGCAACCUCAAAUGGUCCUGUUCAGCUUGUACAACGACUGGCUCAAGUCGGCGUCCAGCUACACUGCCUUCUCUCGUCUUAUCCUCCUUCGUGGCUUGCAGGAAAUUUCCGCCCCCUCCAUACAGUGCCAGCAGAUGGCUGAGCUUGAGAAGGGUAGCAAGGCGCAGGGUCAAGUCACUGCUGUGCAAACUCAGACCACCAACGUUCACAGUGAUACAAUUCGGACCAUCAUGAUGACCAACUACAAACAGCAGGUGUUCAGCAGCAAAUCCGAUUGGCAUGUCUGUGCGAUCUCUGAGACAAUCCUAAAGGUCAGCUUGCAGGAAGACAAGGGUGUCACGGGUAUGGACGAGCAUAUAUGUAUUUCAUUAUAG